AUGAAGUUCUUGAUGGGUGUGAAUGAUUCUUUCUCCCAAGUGAGAACUCAGGUGUUCCUAAUGGAUCCUCUCCCCUCUCUUAAUAAGGUAUAUGCCUUGUUAAUUCAAGAAGAGGUGCAAAGAACUGUGACUGGUGGUGCAGGUACUCGUGCUGAAUCCACUAUUCUUGCAGCAAAAGGUCAAAACUUCACCACUAAUUCUGCAAGUAAUCACAAUGCUAAAGGGAAGGAUAUGUUAAGGUGUACACAUUGUGGCAAGCUAGGUCAUACUGCUAAUAAAUGUUAUAAAUUGCAUGGAUUUCCACUUGGUUUCAAGUUCAAGAACAAGCCUUCAAUGGCACAUCAAGUGUCCUCAGGUCAAGCUCAACAAUCACUACCCCUUGCUUCUCCAUUUCACAAUCAUCCUGGUUUUAUUCCUGGCCAACAUCAACAGUUGUUAGCAUUGAAAUCAACACCCCAAGUGAAAGAAGCUCCAAUGGCUAAUGUGGCUAUUUCUUCUAAUACUACAAUGACAAGUAUUGAUUUUUCUCAUAGUGUCUUUUCUGCACAAGUGGUUAACAAAAGGGCUUAUGGUAGAAAUACUUGGGUUUUGGAUACUGGUGCCACUAAUCACUUUGUAUGUUCUAUGCAUUUGUUAACCAAAAUAACUGCUACUACACAGUCUUUGGUACAAUUGCCUAAUGGGGAAUCAGCACAAGUAACACAUAUAGGAACUGUUGUUUUAUCUUCUUCCCUUAUUAUCAAGAAUGUUCUUUGUGUUCCAUCUUUUACUUUCAACCUUUCAUCUAUUAGUACAAUCGCUCAAGACCUUACCUCUUGGAAAACGAUUGGAGUGGGGCAAGCAAUUUACGGAUUGUACUUGUUGCAGUGUGAGAGUCUUCAAAAUACUCCCAGUUCAUCUCUUACUGAUUUCUUGGUUGCUCACAAGUCACCAAAUUAUAGUCACCUCAAGGUGUUUGGCUAUUUGUAUUUUGCCUCCACCAUUGCUCAAACCAGGAAUAAAAUUUCUGCAAGAGCUAGAAAAUGUGGUUUCAUUGGUUAUCCUUUCAAUGUGAGAGGAUAUAAGCUUUUUUAUCUUGAAUCCCAUACUGUUUUCAUUUCAAAAGAUGUUGUUUUCCAUGAAUCUAUUUUUCCUUAUGCUUCACUAUCAUCCAAUUCUAAAUCAAGUUCUUCAUUGCCUUUGCCUUAUGUUCCUGCUAUCUCUUCCACCUUUGAUGACACUCUUUUAUCAAGUCCUCACUCUUCUAUUACUUCUCAAGACUCAAUUAUUCAAGUUCAUCAUGAACUUGAUGAUGAAUUUCUUGAUGAUGUACCAGAAGAACCCCCUGAGCCUGUUGUUGAUCAUAUUCCUCUUAGAUAG